AUGGCUGCAUCACCGGGACAGUUCGUCAGUCUCCCUGCCGUUCAUAUAGGGACCUACAAGACGUCUACGACAACCUCUAUCCUGCUACAAAUGGUCGCAACCCUGCACCAUACGUCAUUACUGGCUCAUGCCAUGUCUGAUCUCACCGCAAACCUUGAGGCUGCUUUUUAUGCCCAUCAGAUGAGUUUUAUCGCGCCUACGAGCGGCGCUGACGAGAAAACUUGUAAGGAGAUCCGCAUCCGGGCCUCGGGCUUCCACGAUCAGGUUAAGUCCAUCAAAUACAUGUUAUCGCACAUUGGACUGAUCUGA